AAUUCCAUGUGGCAAAGUCCCCCUUGAGCUGCAGGACCAGGUGAGAUCUACUGUGAGUCCGAGCUGAUCAAGAAUUCCGGCUUUCUGCUACCUCCAGUUCCAUCAGGGAUUUCACUCCGCCUGAUUCUGUGUCCCACACUUGUUCCCUGUGGCCUCUCCUCUUCAUGGCCCCCCUGGCUCAGACCCUGGCACUGCUGGCAAUGGCCAUGGCCACCACAGCUGUCACCACAGUCAAUGUGAUCCCCCUGGACAUGGCCCCGGACUCCUUUGAUGACCAGUACCAAGGUUGCGGCCCUGCCAUGAGGGCGGCAUUGCCGGCCCUCAACCGCUCUGAGUUCCAGCAGAACGAGGAGUUUGCUGAGGUUUGGGUGAAGGCUGCAGCCAAGUGGCAGAGUCGGGGCCCCCCUGUGUCCCCUCUGUCCCCAGACCAGGCCACCGCCAUCAUGGCCUUCACAAUGACUGAUCCCAGAACAUUCAAUCAUGUCCUGCGCGUGGCCGGACUUUCCCGCCAGGAAUACAGGGACAACUUCCACUUCAAAACAUUGCAUUUCCUGCUGACUGACGCCCUGUCCACUCUCAGGGAUGCUCAGAAAGGGCAAUGUCGGGAUGCGUUCCUGAAGGUGUGUGACAUCCAGUUCGAGGCACAACUUGGGGACACCAUCCGGUUCAGUCAAUUCAUGCUGGUGUUCCCGAGCAAACAAAUUGGCAAGUGCCCCGGUGAGGCAAGGCUCGAGAUGCGCACAUGCCAUGGCGUGGAAAUCCAGUUUUUCAGUGAACUUCCAGAACCUGCAAUCGUGCUGAUCCCACCCUUUGAGACCUUCAAUGUCACCAAAUACACCCGGGAAGGGGACACGGCACAGAUCCAGCUCCAGUCCACCGGGACCUACAGCAAAUACAACUGCGAAUGGCUGCGAGGUGGGAGCAUCCCCAGGGCCACCUUCCACCUCGGAGGCCUCCUCUUGACCACCGCAGCCCUGGCAGUGGCCACUGGGAUCAUCUGAGCCACGAGACCACCACGGCUCCAAGGUCACUGUGGUCACUGUGGCAGCCGUGGCCACCAUCAUCACCAAGGCUCCCUCAGCCACAAUGUUGCCACAGCCACUGUGACCAGUGUGGCCAGCAAGGUCAUUGUGCAAACAAUUCUAUUAAACUGUUCUAUCAUAAAAAUUCCAUUAAAGAAUUCUGAAAAAGCCAGCAAAAA